GAUACAGAUUCUAUUUUGAGCUGAGCAUACGCGGGGCUGGCGAGGCGCAAGAGAACCCUCAUCCGCUCAAAGCCGCCUUUGCUGAAUUAGGCUGCUAGUGAUACGUGAAGAUUUUGGCCAGCCAUUAAUUCAGCUCCCUGGCGAUCCUUGCAGCCACUGCAGGAUUCAGUUCAAUGGCUGAAAACGAAGACGCCCUACUCAGGCAUUUAUUCCAAGGAUACCAGAAAUGGGUUCGGCCGGUACUGCAUUCCAACGACACCAUAAAAGUACAUUUCGGCUUGAAAAUAUCCCAGCUGGUGGACGUGGAUGAAAAGAAUCAACUGAUGACAACGAACGUGUGGCUCAAACAGGAAUGGACAGACCACAAGUUACGCUGGAAUCCUGAGGAAUAUGGUGGAAUCCACUCCAUUAAAGUUCCAUCAGAAUCUCUCUGGCUUCCUGACAUAGUUCUCUUUGAAAACGCUGAUGGGCGUUUUGAAGGCUCCCUCAUGACCAAGGUCAUCGUGAACGCUAACGGGACCGUCGUGUGGACCCCGCCCGCCAGCUACAAAAGUUCCUGCACCAUGGAUGUCACCUUUUUCCCCUUUGACCGGCAGAACUGCUCCAUGAAGUUCGGGUCCUGGACCUACGACGGCACCAUGGUGGACCUCAUUCUGAUCGAUGAACAGGUGGACAGGAAGGACUUCUUUGAUAACGGAGAAUGGGAGAUACUGAACGCCAAGGGCAUGAAGGGAAACAGAAAGGCCGGUCUGUAUUCCUACCCUUUCAUCACCUACUCCUUUGUCCUGAGACGCCUGCCCUUGUUUUAUACCCUCUUUCUGAUAAUCCCCUGCCUCGGACUGUCCUUCCUAACGGUCCUUGUCUUCUAUUUGCCUUCUGAUGAAGGGGAGAAACUCUCUCUGUCCACAUCGGUUUUGGUCUCGCUGACGGUCUUCCUUUUAGUCAUUGAGGAAAUCAUCCCGUCUUCAUCGAAGGUCAUCCCCCUCAUUGGCGAGUACCUGCUUUUCAUUAUGAUUUUUGUGACCCUGUCCAUUAUCGUGACUGUUUUUGUGAUCAACGUCCACCACCGAUCCUCGUCCACCUACCACCCCAUGGCGCCCUGGGUGAAGAGCUUAUUUCUGCAAAAGCUUCCUAAAUUGCUUUGCAUGCAGAACCAGGUGGAUCGCUACUCCUUCCCUGCUAAAGAGGAGAGCAAACCCGCAGUGAGAGGGCGAGUCCUACACAAAAAGAAGCAGAAGGAGAUUAGCGAUGGAGAGAAAGUUCUGGUUGCCUUCUUGGAAAAGACCGCGGAUUCCAUCAGGUACAUUUCAAGGCAUGUGAAGAAGGAACAUUUCAUUAGCCAGGUGGUACAAGACUGGAAAUUUGUGGCUCAAGUUCUUGACAGAAUCUUCCUGUGGCUCUUUCUGAUAGUGUCCAUCACUGGCUCUGUUCUGAUUUUUACCCCUGCUUUGAAGAUGUGGCUGAACAGUUACCCUUAGGAGUAAGUCUACAGCACAGUUUAAAAGAUGUAGCUCAGAGACAAAACUACAGCCUAGAACUGACGUCUAGCUAGCAUGCCCGAGUAGACUGAAUCCAAAUGCACGUGCUUAUUCCAAGAGCCAUGAGUGUGAGUCUUGGUGGAAACUGAUUGGCGCUUGAUGGGAGGAGGCUUGGUACAGGGGAGUUUACUUAAGUUGGCUCCUGGAUGCUGUUACAGUAAGUUGCGCUUUUUUUUUUUCUUUUUUGACAGGCAGAGUUAGACAGUGAGAGAGAGAGAGAGACAGAGAGAAAGGUCUUCCUUCUGUUGGUUCACCCCCAAAAUGGCUGCUAAGGCUGGCACACUGCGCUGAUGCAAAACCAGGAGCCAGGUGCCCCCUCCUGGUCUCCCAUGCGGGUGCAGGGCCCAAGCACUUGGGCCAUCCUCCACUGCCUUCCUGGGCCACAGCAGAGAGCUGGACUGGAAGAGGAGCAACCGGGACAGCGUCCAGUGCCCCAACCGGGACUAAAACCCAGGGUGCCAGCGCCGCAGGCGGAGGAUUAGCCUAGUGAGCCGGGAUGCCGGCCAGUAAGUUGGUUUUAAGGAAAGGCCGCUGCCUUAGCUUCCCCAGGCAUUCAGGGAUCAGUAACGGGUCCAGGUCCAAGUUCACAAGCUCAAACAUCCUAGAAGCUGCUGCUGGCUGGUGGGCUCUUGAUCCCAGGAAGUAGCAGGCCUGACCAUGGGGGUGCAGUGAGAAUAAAAAGGAGGUCUCCCACUCCGGCCGUGUGCGUGGGCAAGGCCUAGAUCUCUCUCGUCCCCUGGUCUCCUGGGUAGUUUUGUUUGACUUGCAAACUGGGACUUUGUCAUGCUUGCUAGCAAUGUAGCCGGACAAAUGCCAGCGUGGUUUACAGAACUGCACUGGCACAACCCUUGGCACAGCUUGCUUGUUACCACAAAGACUCCAGGGUGCGACUGGGCAAGUAAUGCCCCCCCCAAUGUGGCAUUCGCUGAAAGCGGCCUUGCUUGUGUGGGAGGCCUCUCAGGCGGGUGGUAUCUGUAGCAUUGUUGAGGCUCCCUAGAACCUACUGUGAAGAUGACCUGCUUUAAGGUCACAUCACAAGGACGUCAACAGAAGCAGUCACCAGCAUCCAGAAGGGCUUUCAGGAGUGUCCAUGUCAUCUCCCAGGAAAUCGAGGCACUAAAUCCUCCCUGAUUAUGGGUUUGCUGUCACCAAUGAUAUCUCAUUAGGGCUUUCCCCAGGGCUUACCCUUGUUUGCACCAGUGGCCCUUACACCCCUACUCCUCACCAUCCCUUAUGACUCACGAGGGAAAGUCUUUUCAAUUUCUAUUUUUUUAAUGAUAAAAAAUCCAACCAGCAUUUACUUUGCAAUGCUCUGUAAACAUAUUAGCUGUGUUGUAUUAUUCUUCCAAUACAGUUGAACUACGGAUGAACUCUAGCACCAAUUUUUAAAAUAUAUUUUUAUUGGAAUUGAUAUACUAUAAUGGUCCAUCGUUAUGGGGUGAGUGUGACAUUUCAGUGUAAUAAUCAGAUCAGGGCCUCAGAAGUCGCUCAUUUCUUUGUGAGAGUCUCUCCAAUUUGCUGCUGCAGCCAUGGCCAAACCCUUCCUGAAUGUAAGCAACGUUGUUUCAGGCCCAGUUCUUGCAAACAGUUUGCAGCUAGCACUUUCUGAAACCCGUUUUAUCCACAUAAUCCAUUCACGGAAGAGGGCGCUUCAAAAAGUUCAUGGAAAAUAGAAUUAAAAGAUACUUUUUUUUUUUUUUUUGACAGGCAGAGUGGACAGUGAGAGAGAGAGACAGAGAGAAAGGUCUUCCUUUGCCGUUGGUUCACCCUCCAAUGGCCGCCACGGCCGGCGCACCGCGCUGAUCCAAUGGCAGGAGCCAGGUGCUUUUCCUGGUCUCCCAUGGGGUGCAGGGCCCAAGGACUUGGGCCAUCCUCCACUGCACUCCCUGGCCACAGCAGAGAGCUGGACUGGAAGAGGGGCAACCGGGACAGAAUCCGGCACCCUGACUGGGACUAGAAUCCGGUGUGCCAGCGCCACUAGGCGGAGGAUUAGCCUAUUGAGCCGCGGCGCCGGCCAGAUACUUGUUUUGCUGCAAAAAAAUUUGAAAUCUGUGCAUGUUUUUUUUUUUUCACAAUAUGAAUUGUCCAUGGAAUUUUUGAAGGUCUCUUGUAUGCAGGAAUUUUUAAAUGUUUUUGUGCAUAAACGAACUUCUCUUUGAAUUCUGUUUUCCACAACUUUUGAAGUACCCUUGUAUAUUAUUACCACAGAUGUGCCUGACCUUACUCAUGCCACUUAGCUUUGUGUUUUCCAUGGGACAUUUCUUGUUCUUUCUCUUUUUAUUCAUCCUUGACUUAGUUUGUCUCUCCUUUCUUUUCCUUUAAUAGUUUGCAAACUAUGCAUCUGGGGCUGGCAUUGUGCUGCAGAGGGUAAAACCAAUGCCUGCCAUGUUUGCAUCUCAUAUGGGCACUGGUUCAAAUCCCAGUACAGCUUCACUUCCAAUACAGCUCUCCACUAAUGGCCUAGGAAAAGCAGCAGAAGAUGGCCCAAGAUCUGGUCCUUGCUAUGCACAUGGAAGACGGGGAAGAAGCUCCUGGCUUUGGCCUGAUCCACCCCUGGCUAUUGUAGUCACCUGGGAAAUGAACCAGCAAAUGGGAUAUCUUUCUCUCUCUCUGUAACUCUGCCUUUCAAACCAAUCAAUCAGUCUUUAAAACAGACAAAAAACUGCAUCUAUAUCUAUUAAAGUUGUUAAUAAAACAUACUCAAACUUUUAAUUUUACUUAUUUGAGAGAUAGUUCCUAUCUGCUGGUUUACUCUCCAAGUGUCCACAUGGCCAGGGAGCCAGGAACUCAACCCAAGCCAUCCGUGUGGGAGGCAGAGACCCAGCUAUGGGAACCAUUACCUGAUGGCUCUCAAGGUUAGCAUCAGCAGCAAGGGAGAACCAAGGACAAAGCCAGUACUCAAACCCAGGCAUUCCAAUAUGGGAUGUGGGCAUUGCGAGUGGUUUUUAAAAAUUAAUCAGAAGUCAUUUUUUAAAAAGAUUUAUUCAUUUACUUGAACUACAGAGUUACACAGAGAGAGAAGAGACACAGAGAGAGAGUCCCACAGGUAGCAGGGGCCCAAGCACUUGGGCUAUCCUCUGCUGAUUUCCCAGGCUCAUUAGCAGGGAGCUGGAUGGGAAGUAGAGCAGCAAGGACAUGAACCAGUGCCCAUGAGGGAUGCCAGCAUUGCAGGCAGCAGCCAAUUUGAUGCAUCACCAUGCUUGCUCCAACGAGCAGUGCCUUAACCACUGGAAGAGGAGCAGCCAGGACUAGGACUGGCACCCACAUGGGAUAUUGGCACUUCAGGCCAGGGCUUUAACCUGCUGCGCCACAGCACUGGCCCCUCCUCUUUGUCUUUGCUCCGACUUUUCUUAGCACUUGGACAAGUAGUGGGCAUGGCCACCCUCUACACAGAGCAAUUCUUUCAGCACCUUCACCGUCUCCUUCCUUUAUCACCUUCCAGAUUUUACCUCCAUUGUCCAGAAUUUGAGCUCCAGAAUAUUAAUUUUUACAUUAGGCUUCCCUUUUUAAUGAUUUAUUUAUUUAUUUAUUUAAAAGGCAGAGUUGGAGAAAAAGAGAGAGAGAGAGCCUCCUUUUUCUUAAGAACUAUUUCUUAAGAACCACAUUACAAGCAAUUUCACUUAUUUUUCACUACUUUAAUUUUUUUUAAGAUUUAUUUCUUUAUUUGAAAGGCAGAGUUACAGAGAGGCAGUGGGGAAGGGGGGUCUUCCAUCCGCUGGUUCACUCUACAAAUGGCCACAAUGCCGGAGCUGUGCCGAUCUGAAGCCAGGAGCCAGGAGCCAGGGGCCAGCAGCUUCUUCCAGGUCUCCCACAUGGGUGCAGGGGCCCAAGGACUUGGGCCAUCUUCUACUGCUUUCCCAGGCCAUAGCAGAGAGCUGGAUUGGAAGAGGAGCAGCCGGGACUCAAACUGGCGCCCAUCUGGUAUGCCAGCAUUGCAGGCUGCGGCUUUACCCGCUACACCACAGCGCUGUCCCCUCCUCUUUGUCUUUGAACUUCAGAAAUGUCACCUGCAUAUUUGUAAGUGUAGGAUACCCUCUUUUCCCUCUCUCCCUUCCUCCCUCCCUCCCUCAGUCUGUCUAUCUCUAUCUCUAUCUCUAUCUCUAUCUCUAUCUCUAUCUCUAUCUCCGUCUCUGUCUCUGUCUCUAUCUCAUCCUGUUUCUUUCCCACUGAGCACAUGGUUGAUGUUUUCUUAAAUACAUGCAAAUUCUCUUUUUUAAAAAAGAUUUAUUUAUUUAUUUGAAAGAGUUAUAGAGAGAGAGGGAGAGUCAGAGAGAGAUCAUCUUCCACUCUUUCACUCCCCAGAUAGCCACAACAGCCAGGGCUGAGCCAGACCAAAGCCAGGAGCAAAGAGCUUCUUCAUAUAGUUCUCCCACGUGGGUGCAGGAGCCCAAGCACUUGGCCCACCUGCUGCUGCUUUUCCCAGGCCACCAGCAGGGAGCUGGAUUGGAAGUGGAGCAGCCGGGACUCAAACCAGUGCCCAUGUGGGAUGCUGGCAUUGCAGGCAGUGGCUUUAUUUGCUACGCCAUAAUGCCGGCCCCUCAACUUCUUUUCGUAUUUCUUGUAUUAUUUCCUAUCCUCCAUCCUCUCUCUCCUUUUCUUUUGAAAUUCCUACUAGAGUGGUCUUGGUAUUCCUGGAUAUGCCUUUUAUUCUUAUUAGCUUGUUUUCUUCUUGUAUUUUUUAUGUAUUUCACUUUUCAUAUUUUGUCAUCUUGGGGUUACAGCUCCCAAAUGUGACCUUCAGCCAUGUCUGCUCUGCUUCUCAGCCCAACUACUGAGGCAGGGCUUUGUGGAUCAAGCAUGUGCUUGAUUUCUAAGAAAUCUGGUUCGCUUUAUGGAUGUCAGGCACUCUGGAAUAGUCCAGGGGAUACUGAUUAUGGUUACUUGAAAGUUUUCUGUUACUCACAUUAUAAUUUUUCCUCAAUAGCUAAUUCAAAUGUUGAUUUUUGAUGCUUUUGGUGGUCACUAUAUUUAAAUACCUAGUGAUUGCUAUUGCUUAUUGACCUGAAAGCAAAAAAUCAUUUCUAAUUACAGAAAACUCUGGGGAGGCUUUCUUUCACUGUCUGAAUGCAGGACAGCAUUUAUCUGGGGCUGUGGGUGGCUUCUACACUGGGGGACACUCCUUCCUCAAUGAUGGCCAUGAGUAGUCCUGAACACUGGCCCAAUUCUGUGACCCCGGUACCCACUCUACUUUCUUGGGUUUCCAAAUGGGUCCCACCUGAGUGGGGGCCAGACCACAGAAGCCACUCUGCAAAUAGAAAAGUGUGCAGCUGUCCCCUGUCCCUCACUUUUUUACUGCCAAUUACAUUCCCUGGUUGACACCUCCCUGAUUGGCAUUAUAGUGAGGAUUUGCUAGGGAAAAAAAAGUUUCUGUGAAGGUCUUGCCUUGCCUUAAUGGGAAUACAAAUUCCACUUCUCUGUUCGGGUUGACCAUAAGUCUGAUCUCACCUGCCCUACAUUUUGCAAACAUUCCGCACCAUUCUGGUCCAUGAUGAUUCUGUUGUAGACUCAGGACAGCAUUCAUCUGUAUUUCACAUUUCUUCUGAAACAUCAAUAGGAUGCUUAGGAUCUGCCCUCCCCCCCCCCAAGAAAAAAUGAAGAAAAUAAGCACACCCUCCAGCCAUCCCAUCUUAUUCUAGAAUCUUCUUUAAAUCCCAAUCCCUGUACGUUCAUCUAGUAUUACGUGGCACCCGGAACACUGAAAACUCACCAGAGGACCCCUGUACCACAAGGAAAAUAUGGAUCUACUUUUUAAGAACUGCAAAUUAUCUUGACUUUGCAGGCUUGCAAAUACUAGACACAGAUAGGGACUGGAAAGAUACUUCUGCUGGGCAUAGAACUGCUAAUUUAUCGACAGAAAACCAAAGUGAUGCAUGGCUUGAGGUUAGUGAGCGGCUUAAGUUGUCAGACUCGGUGGGAGGCGCUGUCCAUGGUACUAGGGUUCUCCACCUUUCUGUCUCCCGGGCAGCUCUUCCCACUUCUAGUCAGAGUUCCGCCCUCAUGAGAGCAGCUAGCCCUCUGCUUUCCAUACUUAAUCUCUCCUCCUCUUGUGCCCUUGAUCCUUCCUCUGGGAAAUCAUUCCUUUAAUUACCGCCCCCUCUCUUGUAUGACUUUUUCCUAGGCCUACAAAAUGCCCAGCUACACUCUGUUCCUAGAAUGCACACACACAUGUAAUAGUGAACAGAAAUAGUUCAAUCAUUUCAAGCAGUCUGGACCCCUUAUUUUAGAGAGCUUCCUGCCACGUGUGCAUACACCGUGGAACAUUGAGCCUCCUCAUACAUAUCCAUUACUUUUCUGCGUAUUUUUUCGAUUUCUGAUUGGGAGGUUACAUGAUAAAAUGAAAGCCAGGGCAUUGGGAAGUGGGUUCUUGACCAGCCAUUAGCUAGCUCUGUGACUGUGGGCCCUUGCGUGAGUUACAUGUCAUCUCCGGGUUUAGGGUUCCUGGUCAGUAGUAAGAGUUUAUGAUUCAUGACCUUUGAAGCUUUUUUCUGCUCUAAAAUGAUCAAUCUUGGAGAUGCUACUGGAGCUUUCACAAUUUUUAAGCCACACAACUUCUAAUUGCAAUCUUGUUCUCUUGGGAAAAUGUAAUCUGCUUUAUCUCUGCUUUUGGCCAGGAUUUGCAAGAACACAUUGUGAUGAAAAUUGAGGAUUCUCAGCCUUAAACCCUUGAUGGGAUUUUGGAUUCAAAGGGCAAUUCUUUGUUCUUCUCCCUUUUAUUACUAUUGACUUUAGCUCUUUGCUUUAACUCAUUAGUUUGCUAGGUAAAUGACAAUAUUAAUCUUAGAAAAAUGUGUUUACAUUUGAAUUCAAUUCUAAGUUUUGAAAAAUACCAGCCUGAAACACUUUGCACAGCCAUCCUCUUUCUGAUCAAACAAAAACAGAGAAGAUAAACCCUCAUCUGUGUACAUGCAGCUUAAGUCCCAUUGCAGCUAAGGUGGGAGAUGAUGGCAACAAUUUCAAACAUGGGAAAGGAUAAAUAGUCACAGUACAUCACGAUCACCCCAGGGAAGUAACCACAGAGGAUGACUGCAAAGCAAAGGGCAACUUUAAAGAUCUAUUUAUUUAUCUGAAGGCAGAGCCACAGAGAGAGAAGAGGCAGAAGAAAGAGAAAGAGAGGAGAGAGAGAUGAUCCACCCACUAGUUCACUCCCAAAAUAACCACAAUGUCGAAGGCUAAGCCAAGCCAAAUCCAUGAGUCAGGAACUCCAUCCUACUCUUUCUUAAUUGAUGGAAGGGGCCCAAGCACUUGAGCCAUGUUCUUCUGCCUUCCCAGGCACAUUAACAUGAAGCUGGCUUGGAAGUAGAGUUGCCAAGACUUGAAUUGGCACUCUGAUAUGAGAUGCCAGGGUCACAAGCAGUGGCUUCACCUGCUGUGCCACAAUGCUGGCCCCAUAAAGCAAAGAAAUUUUAAUUUCAAAUGUAUAGCAAGAAUGAUAUAUGGACAACAUUGGCCAGAUAGUCCCAACAAAUGGGUAUUGCAAAACCAACACCACACUCUGUCACACACAUGAGGAUGCAGGACACACACUUGUGCACACAUAUACAUGGACACAGAGCACUGUCCUAAACUGUUCCCACCCUUGAGGUCUCUGCCCACACCUUACCUCCUCACAAAGCCUUCAUAGAACAGGUGGCCUCCACGGAGUAUUUUCAGUCUGUACUAUGUAGAAUAGAACAUAACUUUCUCUGUUACUUUGUUAAGUGAAUUUUAUUAGCUAUAGCAGCACAGCCCCUGCUAGAUCCUCCAGAGUUUCUAAUAGAGUUGAGUACCUAGUUAAGCGCUAGUUAAUUUGUGUUGAUCAAUUAAAUCAGAUGCUAUAAACUUUGGAUUGGGCUCUUUGUCUUUUUUUUUUUUCUCAUGUGGCUCUCAGUGGUUUUCUUUUUCUUUUCUUUUAAAUAUUUAUUUGUUUACUUAAAAGUCAGAGUUACACGGGGUGGGGGGGAGAGGUCUUCCAUCUGCUGGUUCACUCCCAGUCGGCCACAGUGGCUGUAGCUGCGCCCAUCUGAAGCCAGGAGCCAGGAGCUUCUUCCAGGUCUCCCAUGCAGGUGCAGGGCUCAAGGACUUGGGCCAUCUUCCAUUGCUUUUCCAAGCCAUAUCAAAGAGCUGGAUAGGAAGUGGAACAGCCGGGCCUCAAACUGGUGCCCGUAUGGGAUGCUGGCACUGCAUGCAGAGGCUUUACCUGCUACACCACGGUGCCAGCCCUGGGUUCUUUGUCUUAAAUGGGGAAGGGUCUGUACUCUUUUUCAUUCUCUCCCCAACAGUUCUAGCCUAAGUGUGUGUGUGUGUGUGUGUGUGUGUGUGUGAAACACAAGUACAGUGACUUUGAAUGAGCCUUGGGAAGUGUUCCAAAGUGAUCAGCUGUAGUCAGAAUCUAGAUGUUACACGGUAAGUAUACAUUGGCUUGGCUGGACAAGAUGGGUUUGGAGUAAAAUCAGGAAAAUUUCUUGCUGGUUGGAAAUUAGAAUAUGAUUCACUAAAAACACCUUCAGAGACAGGGAGGGUAUUGUCCCUGAAAAGAGUUAUUGAAGAGAAGGUUACUGAUGAAUUUCAAGAAGGGAAUGAAUAAGAAUGCAUAGCUAAAGAACAAAGUAUUUCUCAAGGUUGCUCCGGAUGGCUAAGAUGAAACAGAUCCUAUGUGCACAUCACCCAAGCCAAACCCAAGAUAUUAUUAAUAGCUCUGUCUGGCCACUCUUCAGAUGAGUCACAGGAGGUGUUCCUCUUGAAUGUUGUGCAGGAUUUUUAGGGGCAAUCCAUUCUCAUUACCAAGUCCAUCAUUCUAUGUUCAGGUUUUCCUAACUGUCUCAAAUGUGCCCCAAUUUUAUUGUUAGUUCAGUUUAAAGUAAAAUUCAGCCCAAGACUCUCUUGUUUUGCCUUUUAAAUCUAUUUUGAUCUCUUUCUUGGAACUGAUUUGUUAGGAGGACUGGAUCAAUAUUCCCCAAGAAUGUCCUACUUGCUGGUUUUGCCUGGUUGCUUGUUUCUGUUGUCAUUGAGCUUGUCCCUCUGAAGUAUAUGUGUGUGUGGUGGGGGAGAGAGGCGGGGUCUAAUUAUUCCAGGUCCUGGCCUUCUACUUGGAAAAGUAUGCUAAGCACAGGCACAUCUACAGUGCACAAAGUGGUGAAUUUAUUAAAGGUGAGAAGGCAAACACACACACACACACACACACACACACGUAGGCAGAGUUGAGUGGAGGAACCAGAGGGAGAAGAGGAAUGGGGGAAGGGAAAUAGAGAGAUGGCACCUCAGCGUCUCCUUUAGUUUUGGUCAAUGAGGAAAAACGGAAGAGUACCUCCCAGUACCUCCUUUGAUGGGGUAACGGGGUCACCUGGGAGUUUUAUGACACCUGCAUAAAAUGCCCUGGGGAGCUUAAUAUACAUAUUCACACGGUGACUUUUCCCCAGGUCCCAGGUGAAAACAAGGCAUUCUGGGAAAUGGAAUGUUCUGACUGACAAGUCGGAUAGAAUUACAUGGGGUAGGGGCCUGUGAUUUGUGCCUCCAGCUCUGCUAGCUACAUUGUCACAAAUCACCUGUCUCCUGUAUUUCCCAUAAAUGAAAGUUACAGUGAAACUCUGACUAUACCCCUGGUUCAGUAUCUUUGGCAGGAAUUCAUCAUAAAUGAGAAUGUAGGUUUCAUAUCUUACACAGUAGCAGACACAUAAGUAUUCUCUGGCUAUCUUAUCUUAGUGUCAAGAUUAAUUCCUAGAUUAGGGUGAUAACAGUAUCUCCACCGUAUCCACUGAUCAAUUUUGUGGUAAAGCUUGUGGCUGUAACACACAGCAAAGUUAUAAAGACUCUUACCUGUGACCUUGGUCCCUUUAAAUAUUGUGUCUGAUGAGCCAUAUUGGAACACAGUAAUUUCCAAAGAGUAAUAUUUUUAUGUUAUGUUGUCUGGACCCUGUGGCGAUAUCAAAAUUCGUUCUCUGAAGCAUCUAC